AGUUGGCCCCACAUCGUCUCUCUAGCAUCAACAUGGCAUCUUGUAAGCUGGUUCUCCUCACCCUGGUGGCUGGAGUAGCUCUCGCUGACCCACAGUACAAUUACCAACGCCCACCGCCGCCCUCGGGCCUGUACGAGACGCCCGUCGCUCCACCUCCACGCCCACCACCCAGGCCCGCACCUCCACCUCGUUCACGCCCACCACCACCUCAGACCUAUAGCCCACCCCCAAAGACCUACAACCCACCCCCACAGGCCUCAAAUAUCCGCCCACAGACCUAUAAGUCCCCAGCUACCCCAGGGAUGGAGGGGAUGCCGUACGACUUCCAGUGGGGCGUUGAGGACCGGGACAGUGGCAACGCCUUCAGCCAUGUGGAGAACAGCGACGGUCGUACUACCCAGGGGGAGUACCGCGUCCUCAUGCCCGACGGUCGCACUCAGGUGGUGAAGUUCUUCGACAACGGCGGUGGAUUCAACGCCGAGGUGACCUACGUGUAACAGCUAUCUGAUUGAUCAGCUCUCUGAUUGAUCAGCUAUCUGAUUGAUCAGUUAUCUGAUUUCGAACUUCGAAGUGCCUCGGAUCCCAUAAUUCCGAUCAUUAGAGACCCUCCUUCUGAACACUUGCUGCCGAACAUGUAUCCUGUUUGCGAUAAAUUUGUAAACUCCGAAGCACUUCCAAAUCGAACGUUCAGAACGCAAGGGCGACCAUGAUACAUGGACAACCGGAGCCAACGAGCUUUCUUUCCUCACUCCAACGACCCUGGAACGACCAUUCCUACGAACCAAUCAUUAAAGUUCCUUUCUCACUUUCUCUGCUCUCUCGUGUACUCUCUCCUCGACCAUUCUUAUCUCCUCAAAUUGUGAAAUUUGUAAAUAUAUGCAUAGUUGAAACCGUAACAGAAUAAUUUCUUACAAAAAAUAUAUAUUAUAUUUUCAUUAUAUUUUCUACAGCUCGAAUUAGACACUUUUGAUGCUUCUUUAAAAAAAAAAAAAACUUGUAUAGAUUUUCUCAUUCAAAGUUUAUUAGUGUUAAAUCACACACUUACAAUGUAAAAAUCAUAAGAGGUAUUCAGGGCUACCGGACCUAAAAUCUUCAUCUGUUUCAGAACUUGUCUCUUGUUCGACCGUUCUUUCAUAUUUAUAUAUUAGGUGGCUUAUGAUGUACUAAUACCUGACAAAAUAUAUAUUUACAAAACUCUUCAGCGGCAAGAGUUCUACAAUAGCAAGUGUUCACGUGUUCUCCACUGGCAAGUGUUCUUCAGCGGCAGGUAUUCUUCAGUGGCAUCUUUUCUUCAGUAACAAGUGUUUUCUGUCAUAAGAUUUCAGAUAGAAACAAGUAUUUUUCAGUGGAAAGUUUUCUACAGCGAAAAAAGUGUUCUUCAACAGCAAGUAGUAAUCUUCAGUGGCAAGCGUUCCUCAUUCUUAUACUUUUUUUUGGUAAUCAAUAAUAUUUUUUUUGUAAACCCUAAGAAAAACUUUUAUUUCAUCUAAGUUGUAAACUUCACCUCUGAAUUUUUCUGUCUCUACACUACAUCUUAUUAUACCUUAGCAUUUCGAGAUUGUACAAUACAAUACAUUGUAUGUAAUAAAAAAGUCGUAUUUGUCAA